AUGGUUUUUGAUAUGGACAAGAGUAUUUAUACAUUCUUAACUAUACACCGUUGGGAGUCCCUUAAUCGCAUGAAUUAUAGGUUAGGUUCUCUUAGACCUGUUCAUGGAAUGUUAGCUUCGAAAUUCCUCAAUUGGGUCAUCAAACAACCUAAUUUGGAGCUCAAUCAUUUAACUCAUAUCAUUUCCACUACUACCCAUAUCCUUGUUAGAGCUAGAAUGUACACUUUUGCCAAAACAACAUUGAAACACAUGUUGCAUAUGCCUAUUGGUUUCGAAAAUGUUUUUCGUGCUUUGAUGGAGACAUACCCUUUUUGUCAUUCAAAUCCUGCUGUUUUUGACCUACUCAUUAGGGUUUGUUUAAGGGAGAACAUGAUUGGAGAUGCUGUGAAGACUUUUCACUUGAUGGGUUCUCGAGGGUUCAACCCGUCUGUCUACACUUGUAACAUGGUGCUAGGUUCAUUGGUGAAGGAGAAGGACCAGAAAGUUGAUUUCUUUUGGUCAUUUUUCAAAGAAAUGCUUGCUAACGGGGUUUCUCCUAAUGUUGCCACGUUCAAUAUAUUGUUGAAUGCUUUGUGUGGACGUAGCAAGUUUAAAAGUGCGGCGUUUCUCUUGAGGAAAAUGGAAGAGACCGGUCAUUUUCCAACUGCGGUCACUUAUAAUACUUUGCUUAAUUGGUAUUGUAAGAAAGGAAGGUAUGAGGAAGCUUCUGAGCUUAUUGACUCCAUGCUAUCUAAGGGUAUUUCGGCCGAUGUUUGUACGUAUAAUAUGUUGAUAGAUAAUUUGUGCAGAAAAGGUAGGAGUGCGAAAGGUUAUUUAAUAUUGAAAAGGAUGAGGAAGAGUAUGGUGUAUCCUAAUGUGAUCACAUAUAAUACUCUUAUUAAUGGAUUUGUUAAGGAGGGGAAGAUUGGAGUUGCUACAAAAGUUUUUGAUGAGAUAUUGUCAUGCGACUUGUCACCAAACAAUAUUACUUACAAUACUUUGAUUUUCGGUCACUGUAGCAUUGGCAACAUUGAUGAAGCCUUGAGACUUUUUGAUGUGAUGGUUUCACAUGGUUUGAGACCUAACGAAGUGACUUACGGGGUUCUUUUAAAUGGGAUAUCCAAGCAUGCUGAAUUUAGAUUGGUUUCCAGUAUUCUUGAGAGAAUGAGGAUGAAUGGUGUGAUAGUUAGUCAUAUUAGUUAUACGACAAUGAUCGAUGGAUUGUGUAAGAACGGCCUGCUUGAAGAAGCUGUACAGUUGCUGGAGGAUAUGCUAAAAGUUUCUGUCAAUCCCGAUGUUGUUACAUUUUCGGUACUCAUUAAUGGGUUUCUUAGGGCAGGGAAGAUAAAUAAUGCAAAGGAGAUAAUGUGUAAAAUGUACAAAGCGGGACUUGCGCCAAACAACACUUUGUAUUCAACAUUGAUCUACAACUACUGCAAGAUGGGAAACCUAAACGAGGCGUUAAAUGCUUAUGCAGUUAUGAACCACAGUGGUCAUGUUUCAGAUCACUUUACAUGUAAUGCGUUGGUUGCCACAUUUUGUAGAUCCAAAAGACUUGAAGAAGCCGAGUAUUUUAUGGACCACAUGAGCAGGAUGGGUCUUGAUCCUGACUCUGUUACUUUUGAUUGCAUUAUAGAUAGUUAUGGAAAUUCUGGUGACGCGUUAAAAGCGUUCGCUAUGUUUGAUAAAAUGAAUAGUCUAGGCCAUUUACCAAGUCAGUUCACGCACGAGGGUCUAUUGAAAGGACUUCUUAUUGGCGGACAUAUUAAUGAAGCCAAAAUAUAUCUGCGUAGACUUACUAACAUUCCUUAUGCCAUUGGUAGUCUUUUCUACAACUCGAUGCUUACUUUAACAUCAAGAUCAGGAAAUUUAUCGAAUGCAGUUACCCUUCUCGAUGAGAUGGUUAUGAAUAAUUUUGUGCCUGACGGCUUUACGUACACCAGUCUUAUUGCAGGACUAUGCAGGAAGGGUAAAAUGGUCCCUGCACUUCUUUUGUCUGGAAGGGCAAUUGAAAAAGGAUUAUUAUCUCCAAAUCCUGCUAUGUACACUAGUUUAGUUGAUGGUCUUCUUAAGGAAGGACAUUCAAAAGUUGCUUUAUAUAUAUUUGAAGAUAUGUUGAACAAAGGUGUUCUCCCUGAUACUAUUGCAUUCAAUGUUCUCUUGGAUCGAUACUCACGGAAGGGAGAAAUGUCGAAGGUAAAUGAUAUCCUUUCAACAAUGAGGAGUAGAAGUCUAAGCUUCAACUUGGCUACUUACAACAUUCUCUUGCAUGGAUAUUCAAAGAGGCAUGACAUGACAAGAUGUUGUCAGUUAUACAAUAAGAUGGUCGGACAUGGUUGUGCGCCUGAUAAGUUAACAUGGCACUCUCUUAUUCUUGGAUAUUCUAAAUCUGGAUCAUUAGACGUCGCUGUAAAAAUUCUAAGAAAGAUAACAGUUGAAGGUUUCAAAGCUGAUUGUUUUACGUUAAACGUGCUUGUUAAUAAGUUCUGUGAACAAAAUGAGAUAAAAACGGCAUGCAAUCUGGUAAAACAAAUGAGUAUGUUAGGAGUUACUCCUAAUGUUGAUACAUACAAUGCUCUUUUUAAUGGAUUUAUUAGAACUUGUGCUUUUGAUGAAGCUCAUUGUAUUUUGCAUGCCUUGUUGGAAAAUAGUUAUGCUCCUACAUGUAAACAAUUUACCUCGUUAAUUAAGGGCAUGUGUAGAAUGGGAAAUAUAAAAGGAGCAAUGGAGCUGCAAGAUGAGAUGAAAAUACUCGGGAGCGGCUCCCAAGGUGUUGCUAUGAGUGCUAUUAUUAGAGGGCUUGCACGUUCAAAGAAAACUGACAAUGCUGUUCACGUUCUUGAUAUCAUGCUUGAGAUGCGAAUCAUUCCAACUGUUGCUACUUUCACGACAUUAAUGCACACCUAUUUCAAAGAAGCUAAUGUUGCCAAGGCAUUGGAAUUGAGGAGUGUAAUGGAACAGUGUCACGUGAAGCUUGAUGUUGCUGCAUACAACGUUCUUAUAUCUGGCCUUUGUGCCAAUGGUGAUGUUCAAGCUGCUUUUAAACUUUAUGAAGAGAUGAAACUAAGAGAUCUUUGGCCUAAUACCUCUAUAUACAUAGUUCUUAUUGAUUCAUUUUGUGCCGGAAAUUAUCACGUUGAAAGCGAAGAGCUAUUGAAGGAUUUACAGACCAGGGAAUUGAUGUCAUUAGAUUUGUGUGGAGGCACUGAAAGACUGAAAGAACUAUUGAUGAUUGCAAGGAAAGAAUUAAUUCGUAUGAGGUACAAAACAAGAAGAAAAUAUGGUUAA